GACGGAGUACUACGUUACCUGCCAUGGGUCUGGUCCCCGUAACCACACUAGCCUCGAAGGCUCCAAUAUCCAUUCUGGCCUUGUCAGCUCGCAUCAUGGCCGCACGCACGGCGCUCAGCUCGCCAUCGAGCUACUGCACAGUGCAGUCAAUCCAGAUCGCGACUCCAGCAUCUGGCAGGCAGGGGUUAAAUAUCUCGCCAGGACCCUCUUUCUGUCUUAACGAAGUCCGAGCCUCGUUCUUCUCUCUUCACUCACUUCAAUCUGGUCUCCUCGUCUUAGUGAGGGCCAGCAAUACAUCAAUACAACCUCCUUGAGGAACACCUUACGGGAAUCUUCUAUCUUCUAACAGCUCAUACACUCCUUUCCUUGAGCUGAUCUUCGCCCACCAUGGCAAACACAUACGACGCCGUCACCACAGGCUACAGCGAUCCUGAAAAGGGCGUCCAUGGAAGCAGCGGAAAUGGAGGCUACAGCGACCCUGAAAAGGGUACUGGUAUCGACCGAAGUGGAAAUGGCGAUGAAAUCGUCGGCCACAGCCACUCCAUCGACGCAGGCCGCGGCCAUGACCGCAAGCACUCAGUCCGCAAAGGCUCGCUAGACGAGUCCGUCAUCGCCGCCGAUCUCCUCGACGAGCGCUACCGCAUCACCAAACGUGGUCUCAAAUCCCGACAUGCCCAGAUGAUCGCCCUCGGCGGUACCAUUGGUACAGGUCUCUUCGUCGGAUCCGGCUACACGUUGCAUGUCGGCGGCCCAGCCUUCAUUCUGGCCUCUUACCUCAUCAUGACCGCCCUAGUCUACAUGGUCGUCACUGCCGUGACCGAAGUCGCAGCCUACCUCCCCGUCCACGGUGGCACAAUGUCAUACUACGGCUACCGCUACGUCUCCAGGUCCAUGGGUUUCGCCCUCGGUUAUCUCUACUGGUACGCCCUUGGCAUUUUGGUUCCCUACGAAGUCACGGCCGCCGGUCUGGUCAUCAGCUACUGGCCCAACGACGUCAACAUCGCAGUCUGGAUCACCAUUAUGCUCGUCGUCAUCAUCGCCCUCAAUUUCCUGCCCGUACGCUUCUACGGUGAAACCGAGUUCUGGUUCGCCGGCACCAAAGUCAUCCUCAUGAUCGGUCUAUUGCUUCUCAGCUUUAUCCUCUUCUGGGGCGGUGGUCCGUCCGGCGACCGUCUCGGUUUCCGGUAUUGGAACAACCCCGGCGCAGCGAACGCGUUCAUCGUAAAGGGCAACACCGGACGAUUCGUGUCUUUCUGGGAAACUCUCGUCCUGUCCGUCUUCCCAUUCACAUUCGCGCCCGAGUUGCUUGUCGUUACCGGCGGUGAAAUGGAGUCUCCUCGACGCAACCUCCCGAUCGCUUCCCGCCGCUACUUCUACCGUCUCGUCAUCUUCUACUGCCUGGGAGUUUUGGCCAUUGGCGUGACAUGCCCCAGCAACGCCGAGGCUUUGACUGCUGGUGGCGCCGGUGCCAAAGCAUCCCCCUACGUCGUGGCCAUUGCCAAUGCCGGAAUCAGCACUCUCCCCAGCAUCGUCAACGCCGUCAUCUUGAUCAGCGCAUGGUCCUCUGGCAAUUCCUUCCUGUACAUCUCCUCGCGCGCCCUCUACUCUCUGGCCGUCCAGGGUUCCGCGCCACGUAUCUUCAAGACCUGCAACCGCUGGGGUGUGCCGUACGUCGCGGUCGCCGCGAGCUCACUUUUCUGCGGUCUGGCAUACCUCAACGUCGCGUCUUCGGGAUCCACCGUGUUCAAUUGGUUCGUCAACCUGACAAACACAUGGGGCAUGACCUCCUGGGUCUGCUGUAUGAUCAUCUACCUGCGCUUCCGCAAGGCGUGCAAAGUCCAGGGCAUCCCGACGCCGUACAGUUCGUGGAUCCAGCCUUAUGGCGCGUGGAUCGCCAUGAUCAUGUUCACGCUCUUGUGUCUGAUCAACGGUUUCACCGUCUUCUUCCCCAGCGAGUGGUCCGUCGCCUCCUUCUUCACCGAUUACAUCGGCAUCCCCAUCUUCUUCAUCAUGUACUUUGGCCACCGCAUCUAUUUUUGGAAUGACAAGUGGGCUUGGGACCCGGCCGAGAUCGACAUGCAGACUGGUCUUCAGGAGGUCCUUGAUGCUGAGCAACCUGCCAAGGUGCGCAAGGGUCUGGGCAAAAUCCUCUAUCUCAUUGAGUAAAGCGGUCGCAAUUGCAAUCGCAAUCGCAAUGGCUAUAUAGAGGUCUCUUUGUACACAAAAUGUUAUAAUUCUUGGGUACUUAUCAAGUUUUUCUACUGCUGGGGAUAUUCGGUAUUGAAGAUAUAAUAGAUCUGAGAUCUAGAUGUG